ACAGGCUUGUCUGCAGGCUUCUCCUGACGCAUAUAAGUCUUGUAACAAGUUUCAACAAGUCACGAACAAAAGCCUGUUUCGAGAGACGGUUGCGCAAAAAAACGCGAGCUCCGCUGCGCAUUCAAGACGGCUGGUUUUCCUAUGUGGAGUAAAAACAUCUCAGUAUUAAUACAAUUUUUCUAAAUAGAGAAAAAACUAACAGUUAUACUUGCCAUAUAAACAUUAGACUGUACGUCCACUCGGCCUUGGACAUGAUGAAUUGAGAAAACUUUUGGUCUUCAAGUCAGUCAAAAACGAAAGAGCGGAGGUUCUGUAGAGAGCCGGCGUGAAACCCAGCCGACGUCAUGGACUGGAAGACCUUCCAAUCCCUGCUGAGCGGUGUGAACAAGUACUCCACGGCGUUCGGGCGGAUAUGGCUGUCCAUCGUGUUCGUGUUCCGCGUCAUGGUGUACGUGGUGGCGGCCGAGCGGGUGUGGGGCGACGAGCAGAAGGACUUUGACUGCAACACCAAGCAGCCCGGCUGCGCCAACGUGUGCUACGACUACUACUUCCCCAUCUCCCACAUCCGCCUGUGGGCCCUGCAGCUCAUCUUCGUCACCUGCCCCUCCUUCAUGGUGGUCAUGCAUGUGGCGUACCGCGACGAGCGCGAGCGCAAGUACCGCAUCAAGUUCGGCGAGGAGAAAAAGCUGUACAACAACACGGGCAAGAAGCACGGCGGCUUGUGGUGGACCUACGUGAUCAGCCUCUUCGUCAAGACGGCCAUCGAGGUGGCCUUCCUCUACAUCCUGCACUACAUCUACGACAGCUUCUACCUGCCGCGCCUGGUCAAGUGCGAGGUGGCCCCCUGCCCGAACAAGGUGGACUGCUACAUCGGCCAUCCCACGGAGAAGAAGGUGUUCACCUACUUCAUGGUGGGCGCCUCGGCCCUGUGCAUCGUGCUCAACAUCUGCGAGAUCAUUUACCUCAUCUCCAAGCGCGUGGCGCGCUGCGCCAACAAGCUCAAGCAGCGAACCCGAGGCAUGCCGCAGGAGACGCACGCCGGCUACGACGACAACCACGCCCCCAACAGCUACCCCAUGGAGAUGAUGUCCAAGCGAGACGUGACCAGGGACUUGCCUCCGUCCUUCAGGACCAGCUGCAAGCCUCCGUACCAGCCCGCCAUGCACUCGCUGAGGGCGGAGAUGAGGGCGGAGAUGAGGGCUUCUGCCCCCAACCUGUCUUCUGAUCCAUUGUUGGACAACCCAAGGAGACUAUAGGGACACAGGGAUGAGAAGAGACGCCGUGUCCAGGGGUAGAGAUUGACUGAAGCUCAGUUCUAUGAAACUUUGUUUAACCUUGGAUGCAGAGCUGUGUCGUGGAUCUGGGCCUGACGCAAUGGCCAUGAUUUGAACGGCACAAGGCCUGCUUUGUGAUGGAUGGGGAUCAACUGGGACCAAAUCGAUGCAGCGUUUGUUGUAUCAAACUGUUUCGGUUUGGAUUAUUGUUGUAGGGCAGUUUCUGCACGACUCAGGAGGACGACUCAGAAGGAAGUUAGCUCCUCUAUUCUAGAAAUGCAGGUUGGGACAAAGGACACACCUGACUCCGGUAUUCAGGCAUCCAACAACUCUUUGUCAUUGACACUCUUUCUCGCAAUGUGUAUUAUAGGGAAAUUGCAUUUCAGGGAACCUGUCAUUAUGAAAAAUGACAGUAAAAAGGAAUCAUGUUAAACCAUGUGUCAUUCUUUACUUGUUUACCACCAACCCCAAAAUGCUAAUUCUUCUGUUCAUUCAGAAGAAGUCAAAUUGCACUCAGUAUGGUGUAUCAAAUAUGUAAAUACUCCUCAUACUAAAGCAGUGACCCAGAUGUUUUUGUGCACUUCUAACAAAUGUUUGCCUCCAUCAGGGUUGUGUUGUUUGGCCGCAUGUACAUAAGAGCGCCUGUAUUUAGAUCCCAGACCACUGUUGAUUCUGCACAGGGCGAUAGGAAUGCAGUUGUUUAACCCUUCCACAUCUACAGCCAAGGAGCAAAAGCUUCAUUGCGAAAAAGAACGGGGUCCACAAAUCCUGGAUAAUUGUUGACAAUGGAGUUAGCUGGAAAUUGUUUUUUUGCACUUGGGAUAUUUAAUAAAUAAAGUGUUGAGCCAAACCAUGUUGUUAGCUCUUUGUUUCUCAGUGAAUACAUUAUAUUUGUCAAAGCCUUAGCUUAAAGUGAUAGUGAUCUGAAAUCCAGUGUGGCUCUUCUGUGACCAAAACGCUGCAAUACAAUAUACCUACCAACUCUAACAUAUAUUUAAAUACAAUUUUUAAUAUUCUUGUCUCUGUGUACUUGUGUGGUUAUGAUUACAGUAUAUUGAGUCAGUAUUACUAUUUUUGUGUGACAGCAUCUCUCAUACAAUACAAAUCUAUGUUGAUUUAGGAUUGUCUUUCAGCUGUUGUCUUUCGAGUUGUUUGCAGCUGCAUAGUAUCUCUAAGUAUGUGAAGCUGAUAAACAUUCAAGGUUCACCUCAAAGCACACAAUGAGGGCAUCGUACCGGAAUCCUAGCGUACCUGUCGAGCUAGUUUGUCAGGUGUUAAGGGUGUGCUGAAGAACUCUCUUUUGUU